AUAACUAUCAAGAUUAUGACUCGUGAGAACUUAACCCACGUCUGAUUCAAAAGUUUAAUUCUCUUCCCCAUCUUCGUCUAAAGCAAAGGGUACUACUUGCUUAUCUACUAAUCGGAGUGCAUAUCAUGUCACCUGGAUGCCGGACUACUCGCAGUACCAGAAAAAUACCAGCAAAAGGCACAAAUGGUCAUACCAAUGAGGCAAAUGUCAAUACUUACUCUGAUUCUCAGCCUGUACAACCUAGUGUGAAGAAUCCAUUGGCUGCUGAAAUUGAUAUUAAUCCAGAAUCUGAUCGGAAAAUUAACCCACGUAAAGCAACUCGUGGCAUGGCCACUUCGAAAAUUGCUAAGGCAUCCGCAACAGGAAAGUUGUCAGUUGUUUUUGAUGCUGAUUGUCGCCAACCAAUUUGUAAUAAUGCAGAGAGAUUUAAUAAUGAAAUCGGGUUUAUUAUUCGCAAUCAUGGCACAUUUGGUUAUAAAGAUUGGAGACUAGUUCCUGAGGAGGUGAGAGCACCACUACGAUGCUAUCUUCAGGAGAAUUUCGACAUUGACUUGCGAGAUAAAACAACCAAGUUGUGCAUCGAUGAGCAGAUGCGAAAAGCUUGGAAGGGGUACAAGUAUAAGUUACAUUCAUAUUUUAAACGCAUUGGAGGUAUAAAAAAUGUUGAGAUAGCGAAAAAGAAGAGAUAUCCAGACUUAAAUGAGGAUCAACAACAAGAUUGGGAGACCUUAUGUGAUCAAUGGUGUUCAGAAAAGUUUCAGGAAAGAGCAAAUAAGAAUAUUGAAAAUCGAUCCAAAAGACAAUGGGAGUCUAAAAAUGGAUCAGUAUCUACCCCAAGACAUCAUAUUCGACGUGGGAUGGCAUUAGAUUCUUUGUCCGGACAUAUUGAAACAUGGCGCCUAAAGCAUCGAGAUGAAAAUGGAUGGACUGGGCCUAAUCUUCAGAAAUUAUAUGAUCAGAUGAUAUCUUUAAGGGAAGUUUAUUCUCUUGAGGAAUUGUCGGAUAAAGAAAUUAUGGAAGCAGUACUUGGUCGUCAUUCGGUAUAUUUGCGAGGAUGGGGACGGAGUAGUAAAACUAAUAAUGAAGGUCAUCAAACUACAACCGAGUCUACCCAACCAAGUUACCAGGAGUUAGUUGAACAGCUUAAUGAUGCCAAUAAUCGUCUCGAUGAAGUUGUUUCCGUAUUACGUCAAAACAAUCUCAUGCUGCAACCAAAGACAUCUUCAACUAAAGAUUCAGAUGUUAAUUCUGAAAAUUUAGAGUGAUUUACUUUCUGAUUGUUGGAAUUAUAAACCUUUUUUACUCUUUAGUACUUUAGCUUUUCUUUAAGCUAUACAUAUUAAAAUAAUUAUGUAAUUUUUGAUUGUUUAUUUGAUUAAAAUUUUAUUCUCGAAUUAUACAAAAGAAUACUUAUAUAUUAAUAUAUAAGAAAUUAAGGUGCCA